AUGAGGCAACAACGUGAAGGGUUGGGCUACAAACAACCUCCACCUAUCCGCAUCUCCAUAAAAAGGGUAAGUAACAACUACAUAACUGUGGAAGAUAAGUCUACUAAAUCUAACAAAAGGCCUUCUGUCUUUGACCGACUUGGAAGCUCAACGAAGUGGAUUUCUGUAUUUGAAAGGUUAGGGCCAUUGACGAAGAAAAACAAGGUUUGGAUAAAUAGCAAGAGUAUUCAAGCAUCUGCUUUACCAAAAUCUCAAAAUGCUCCUAAAGACAUUCAAAGUCUAAUCCCUUCUAGAAUGAGGCGGCAGACGAACAUUAUGGUCUCAUGUGGAGAAGUACUAAAGGCAAAGUCGCAUGUUGUGGUCUACACCAAGGAACUUGAUGAAGAGGAAGAAAGUGUUGGCUCUUUAUAUCAUGUCACUACACAAGAUGAAAGGCAUAUUUGUUCUCUAAUUAAAAUUGACGGAGAGUUGGAGAAUGUUUCAUGGUGUUACCAUAUAUCUUUCAACGAUAGAGAACGUCAAGAAGACGAAGAUGCUAAAGAUGCACCACCCGAACUUAAAGAAGGAGUAAAUGUGACAGUUGAUGCAUUGAAAGAAAUCAACCUUGGAACUGAUGAACAUCCAAAACCCACUUAUAUGAAUUCUUCAUUGGCGAGUGAUGAAGAAAAGGCCUACGUUGACUUACUCAAAGAGUAUAAAGAUGUAUUUUCCUGGAGUUACAAAGAAAUGCCUGGAUUAGACCCGAAGGUAGCAGUCCAUCAUCUUGAUGUGAAAAGAGGUGCACGUCCCAUCAAGCAAGCUCAACGGCGUUUUAGGCCUGAAUUGGUUCCUGUGAUCGAAACUGAAGUUAACAAGCUUAUUGAGGUUGGCUUUAUUCGUGAAGUUAAGUACCCCACAUGGGUUUCAGGUAUUGUCCCAGUGAGGAAGAAGAAUGGGAAAAUUCAAAUCCACAUGUUGCCAAAGGAUGAAGAGUUGACCGCAUUCCGCACUCCUAAGGGCAUUUAUUGCUACAAAGUAAGUCCUUUCAGUUUUAAGAACGCAGGAGCAACAUACCAAAGAGCUAUGCAAAACAUCUUUGAUAACAUUCUUCACAAAAAUGUUGAAUGGUAUCAACUUAGAAUGAAUCCUUUGAAAUGUGCGUUUGGAGUUACCUCUGGAAAAAUCCUUGGCUUCAUUGUACGACAUCGAGGAAUAGAAAUUGAUCAAGUAAAAAUAGAUGCAAUUCUGAAGAUGGUAGAGCCAAGAUACAUUCAUGAAUUGAAGAGUCUACAAGGGAAGCUAGCAUAUCUUAGGAGAUUCAUCUCGAAUCUAGCAGGAAAGUGCCAACCAUUCAACCGCCUUAUGAAAAAGGGCACUCUUUUCGAAUGGGACCAAGCUUGUAGGAAUGCCUUUGAGAGCAUCAAGUCUUACUUGACAAAACCACCAAUUUUAGCAGCUGCUGUUCCUGGAAAGCCAUUGAUACUUUACAUAUCAGCUCAAGAAAGAUCAGUGGGAGCACUCUUAGCCCAAGAGAAUGGAAAAGGGAAAGAAAAUUCCCUUUACUACUUGAGUAGGAUGAUGACACCAAAUGAGUUGAAGUACUCGCCAAUCAAUUAUCUAUGUUUGGCCUUAGUCUUCUUAAUUCAGAAGAUGAAAUACUACUUUCAAGCUCACGUUGUCCGUCUUAUUUCUAAAGCCAACCCCAUCAAAUUUGCAGUAAAAGGGCAAGCAUUGGCAGACUUCUUAGCAGACCACCCGAUACCUGAUGAUUGGGAACUCACUGAUGAAUUAUCUGAUGAAGAUGCAAUGGUUGUUGAAGUUCAACCGCCUUGGAAGAUGUAUUUUGAUGGGGCCUCACAUCGCGAAGGAGCUGGCGCUGGGGUAAUAUUUGUCACUUCUCGAGAGGAGAUCUUGCCGUAUUCCUUCACCUUAACGCAAUGUUACUCCAAUAAUGUUGCAGAAUAUCAAGCCUUAAUAUUUGGGCUUGAAAUGGCAGUUGAUAUGAAGCAAUUGCAAUUACAAGUUUUUGGAGACUCUGAAUUAGUGAUCAAUCAAUUGUUGGGUAGCUAUGAAGUCAAAAAGCCAGAAUUGCGUCUCUAUCAUGACUAUGCAAAAAAACUGAUUAGAUGGCUCGGAGAUGUAACUCUUCAACAUGUUCCAAGAAAGGAGAAUAAGAAAGCUGAUGAUUUAGCCGCUUUGGCUUCAACUUUAACUCUGCCUGAUCAAGCUGAGAUAGUCGAUUGGAGACAUGCUUUAAUUGAUUACUUGUGUUACAAUAUACUUCCAGAAGAUCCAAAGAAAAGGACUGAAAUUCGUCGUCGUGCUCCUAGGUUUAUUUACUACAAAGAUACUUUAUAUGGAAGAUCAUUCGAGAGAGUCCUCUUGCGUUGUUUAGGGGAAGAAGAAGCGAUUCAAGCUAUGCAAGAAGCGCAUUCUGGAGUUUGUGGAUCACAUCAAUUUGGGCCCAAGUUACACUUUCAUAUAAAAAGAAUGGGGUAUUAUUGGCCAACAAUGGUAAAAGAUUGCUUGGAUUAUGCUCGAAGAUGUCAAGCAUGCCAAUUUCAUGCAAACUUUAUGCACCAACCUCCUAAUGGAUUACAUCAGACUGUUGCAUCUUGGACAUUUGAUGCUUGGGGGCUAGACGUAAUUGCACCACUACCUAAAUCUUCUGGUGGUCACUUGUACAUCUUGCCUGCGACAGAUUACUUCUCAAAAUGGGCUGAGGCUGUAGCCCUCGAAGAAGUAAAGAAGGAAAAUGUUGCAAACUUUAUCAGGGUGAACAUCAUCUAUCGUUUUGGCAUUCCUAGUUAUAUACUAACAGAUAAUGGAAAGACAUUCACCAAUAAAUUGAUGGAUAAGAUCUGCAACCUUUUUGGCUUCAAGCAACGUAAUUCAUCAAUGUAUUAUGCUGCUGCAAAUGGAUUAGCUGAAGCAUUUAACAAGACCUUGUGCAACUUGUUAAAGAAGGUCGUCUCCAAUUCUAAAAAGGAGUGGCAUGAUAGAAUGGAAGAAGCUCUUUGGGCAUACAGGACGACUCAUCGCACGCCAACUCAAGCAACUCCCUAUUCUCUUGUUUUUGGAACUAAAGCAGUCCUUCCACUUGAACGACAAAUACCGUCAUUGAGGCUUGCCAUCCAAGAAGGACUUACUGAAGAAGAAAAUGCUUGUCUGCGCCUUGAAGAGUUAGACUCUCUCGAUGAGAAAAGGUUGGAAGCUCAACAAAGUCUUGAGUGCUAUCAAGCUCGUCUUUCUCGGGCUUUCAAUAAAAAGGUUCGCUUAAGGUCUUUCCAAGUCGGUGAUCAAAUCCUUGCGGUAAGAAGACCAAUUAUCAUAUCUCAUAAAUCAAAAAACAAGUUCACAUCAAAAUGGGAUGGACCAUAUGUCAUUCAAGAGGUCUAUUCAAGCGGAGCUUACAAAAUUGUGGAUGCAGACGGCUUGCGGAUCGGUCCCAUCAACGGAAAAUUCUUGAAGAAGUACUAUCCUUGA